UCUGCUGCAAUGUAAACUUAGGCAUUUUUACACACUGGCAGAAACCAAACGACUGGAGUUCUCUGGAAUGCAUUGUCUGUGAAAUGUAAACUGUUUUUCAUUUGUUUCUGAUAUUAUAUGAACAUUGAUUCCGCGUCUGUGAAAAACCUCCAGUUGGAUUGCUGCGGGGGGCUUAAUAACGUGGACUAUAGCAAGGUGGAUGGUUCAGUGAUGGCCAGCUUGCUGCAGUAUGUUGACCCCUGGGACGCCAGGUUUUGUGUGGCAGUUGUUGCCAUCAUUUUCAACCCUUUCUUCUGGAACGUGGUGGCCAGAUGGGAGCACCGGACUCGGGGUCUCACCCGGCUGUUUGGGGGCCCCUAUGUGGCCUGUUACUUCCUGGGCUUAUUCAUUCUGCUGCUCAAUGUCUACCGCAGUCAUAGCAUCACCGUGGCGAUGAAGGCGGGGCCCAGGUGUGAGGUGCUGGACUGCCCCCAGGUGUUCUGCGUUGGUGCUGUGCUCAUGGCCUUCGGCUUGGUCUUCGUUCUCAGCAGUUUCUUUGCGCUGGGGUUCACUGGGACCUUCCUGGGGGAUUACUUCGGCAUUCUGAUGGAACAGAAGGUGACAGGAUUCCCCUUCAAUGUCAUGGAGAACCCCAUGUAUUGGGGCAGCACAGCUAACUACCUGGGACUGGCACUCAUGAAUGCCAGUGUUGUGGGGGUCAUUCUGACUGCAGUUGUUGCUGUCUCAUACUGGGUCGCCAUCAUGUUUGAAGGACCUUUCACUGAGGAAAUCUACCGGCAGAAGAUCCGAUGCUCCAAACAGCAAUGAGAACAUCUGUGUUUGUGCAAGGACUGCACUCCACCUCAGACCAGCUCCUGGAACACGAGAGAGAGACGGAAGCAGACUGAAGUGCCCUGUAACCAAACCCAAACAGAGCAUUCUCCCUCCUGGACCCAGUACCGUUUCAGCCUGUUAAUGUGUUAUUUUCCAUGUCUGAGACCGGCAUUCCUCACUGACGCCAGCAUCACAGGUAUAAAACUGUGGAGGUGGCUGGCAGAUGUGAUUGGGUGGGAACACAGUGUGUGUGUGAGUGCAUGCGAUGGUCACAGCGGGGCUGUCAUGGCUGUCUCUGCAGAAAUACAUGGAUACUGGAAUAUGAAUAUGAAUAUUAAUAUGAAUUUGAAUGCUGUCCAAUGAUAGGAUGACAUUUUACUGUCAAACUCAAUGAUCAUCUUCCAUUUCUGAUCAGAUCUGAAAUAUUCAGUCUUGCUUUGAGUGUAAAACCCGGUGGAGUCUGUCUGCUGCAUUGUAAAGGCUUCCUGGGAAUCUGUUUACUCCUGUGAAAAACAAGUGAAGAAUUAAGGUUUUGUUCUUGGAAAAAAAACUGUUGAAUUCUGAUGGACUAAUUGAAAAACUGAUUGAAUCCUCAGAGCCUGGGUCUUCUCAUUUAUCUGACUCAGAUCAGGGAUGAAAUGAAAAAAAAAUCUCCAAAUGAUUGACAUAUCUGAGUGUUGGGUCCUCAUGUGGUUGAAUUUAGCUGGGUAACACCCCCCACCCCCUGGUCAUAGACAGACACACUGCGUAAACACUCUGCCAUUGGCCCCUUCAGACACACUCUCUCUGACGCAGUGCCCUGGCCCUGACCGUGCUGUCUGCAGACAGACACGAAGGCUAAGAGAGAGAGACAGCAGCCCAGCUCUCCAAGGAGAAACCAGAACUAUUACACUUUAAUUAGUCCUGGAUUUAAUCGAGUGAAUGAAAUCAUUAAUUGCUUUAAAAACUAGUUCAUUAUUCAUUUUGGGAAGGUCAGUCAGUUCUGAGAAACACGUCGCAGUGAGAGUCUUCUGUACCGCAAUGCAUCAUGGGAUUGAGCUCUGUAUAUAGUAACGUUCC